GUUACUGUGGACCAUCACGGGCACCGGUCAGACCUCACACGUCCUCUUCUCUUUCUCAGCUACCUUCCCUGUGAAUGAUGCUGCUUUCCGCGCUGUAGUGAAAACAAUCUGAAAAAAAAAAAAAAAGAAGGAUUUAAAAAAAAAAAAAAAAAGACACAACCCGAGACUUUGAGUUUAUUCUAGGCCUUACAGAGUGGAAACUGGGCCGGUUCUCACUCCAGAGCACGGACCUGACCGCAUGACAAACAAGUGCAUGGGAGUAGCCUGCAGGGCCCGGCUCUAGAUCACGACCAGUCCCUCCGUUACCUCUCCGCUCCUCUGCCGCCGCCCGGGGAUGUGCGUUAAGGCGUUACGCACGGAGAAGGGGCGAGUGCUAUCUUGAUCUUGCCUUACAUCAGGACGGGAAAUUUUCACCUCGGGAAGGAAGGAUGAGCAGCAAGGAGCUGACGGUGGGCCAGUCCAGUCAGUAUGUGGGGCCUUACCGGCUGGAGAAGACGCUCGGGAAGGGACAGACAGGACUUGUGAAGCUGGGCGUCCACUGUAUCACAGGGCAGAAGGUGGCCAUAAAGAUUGUCAACAGAGAGAAACUCUCCGAAUCAGUUCUAAUGAAGGUGGAGAGAGAAAUAGCUAUUCUUAAACUAAUAGAGCACCCUCACGUUCUGAAGCUGCAUGACGUCUAUGAGAAUAACAAAUACCUUUACCUGGUAUUGGAGCACGUGUCUGGCGGAGAGCUAUUUGACUACCUGGUGAAGAAGGGCAGGCUGACUCCCAAAGAGGCCAGGAAGUUCUUCAGGCAGAUCAUAUCUGCUCUUGACUUCUGCCACAGCCACUCCAUAUGUCACAGAGACCUGAAGCCAGAGAAUCUUCUCCUGGAUGAGAAGAAUAACAUCAGGAUAGCAGACUUUGGCAUGGCUUCGCUACAAGUUGGGGACAGCCUCUUGGAAACUAGUUGUGGAUCCCCUCACUAUGCUUGCCCAGAGGUCAUAAGGGGGGAGAAGUACGAUGGUCGCAGGGCAGAUGUCUGGAGUUGUGGAGUUAUCCUCUUCGCUCUACUUGUGGGUGCCUUGCCCUUUGACCAUGAUAACCUGCGGCAGCUUCUAGAAAAAGUGAAGAGCGGGGUUUUCCACAUGCCCCACUUUAUACCUCCUGACUGCCAAGCGUUGCUUAAAGGAAUGAUAGAAGUCAACGCUGACAAGAGACUCACGCUAGAAGCAAUACAGAAACACGCCUGGUACCAGAGUGGUCGUAACGAGCCUUGCCCUGAGCAGCCACCCCCCCGCCGUGUGUGUGUGAAGAGGAUCCUGUCCUUAACAGACCUGGACCCGGAUGUCCUGGAGAGCAUGUACUCCUUAGGAUGCUUCAGGGACCGGGUCAAGCUCACACAGGACCUUACAAGUGAGGAGGAGAACCAAGAGAAGAUGAUUUACUACCUCCUGUUGGACAGGAAGGAGCGAUACCCCAGCUGUGAAGAUGAGGAUCUGCCACCCAGAAAUGACAUCGACCCACCCAGGAAGCGCGUGGACUCGCCCAUGCUGACGCGUCAUGGCCGCUGUCGUCCGGAGAGGAAGAGCCUGGAGGUCCUCAGUGUCACAGAACAGGGGUCUCCCACCCCACCUCGCAGGGCCCUGGACACUAACGCACACAGCCAGAGGUCUCGUUCAGUCAGUGGGGCGUCCACAGGUCUGUCCUCCAGUCCUCUCAGCAGUCCCAGGAGCCCGGUCUUCACUUUCAGCCAAUCAGAAGUCACUUCCACCUCUGCUUCAUCCUCCAAAGACCCAAAACCAGGAAGUGCCACCAACUCUCGUCCUACCCGCCCAGCGCCUGACCCAAAAACCCAAACACUGCCCUCAAAGGGCCCCACUGACCGGCCCCAGCUCCACUCCAUGAAGUCCCUCCCACUCCAGACUCCACGCUCCCCUUCUCCGUCCCCCUCCCCACUCCUGUCCCCCAUUCCACGCUUCUUCAACUUCCCUUCACCAUCUGUGUUCAAGUCCAAAAAUGUCCACUCGUCCUCUAACUCCUCUGCCACCCCUCCUCCUGUGUCACAGGUCACGCCACAGGGCUCGCCGCUGCCCACCCCGCUGGGCACACCUGUGCACCAAAUCCAACACCCUUCCUCCACCACCCCUCCCUCUUCUUCCUCCUCAUCUUCUUCUUCCAGAGCUGACGGAGCCGGCGGGGCCUCGCUAUCGCUGACCCCGCCCUCCAGUCCGGGAGGCAGUGGCGGUCUGGCUGCCUCAAGCUCCGCCCACUGGAGAACAAGGCUCAACUCAUUCAAAAACAACCUUCUGGGCUCGCCGCGCUUCCAUCGGCGCAAACUGCAAGUCCCUACAUCAGAGGACAUGUCCAGUUUGACUCCAGAGUCAAGUCCAGAACUUGCUAAGAGGUCCUGGUUCGGAAACUUCAUCAGCCUGGAGAAAGAGGAGCAGAUCUUUGUUAUGAUUCGAGACAAGCCGCUAAGCUCUAUCAAGGCCGACAUCGUCCAUGCCUUUCUCUCUAUCCCAUCACUCAGCCACAGUGUGGUGUCUCAGAACAGUUUCCGGGCAGAGUACAAGUCCUCCGGCGGCCCCUCUGUCUUCCAGAAGCCUGUCAAGUUCCAAGUGGACAUUGCUUUCAGUGAAGGAGACAGGGAGCGAGAGAGGGAGCGAGCAGAGAGGGAAGGAAGAAGAGAGAUGGGCAUCUACAGUGUCACCUUCACUCUCAUAACAGGUCCCAGUCGCAGAUUCAAAAGAGUGGUGGAAACGAUUCAGGCUCAGCUCCUGAGUACUCAUGAUCAGCCUUCCGUGCAGGCACUGGCUGGCCCCUCAGAUGAGAAGAACGGUCAGCUUUCCCGACAGCCAAGCACGCCUUCGCGUCAGAAUUCCCGGCGUUCCGAAAGCGGAUCGGAGCGGGAGCGGGGAGAGAAGGAGCGUGCGGCAGAUGGAGGGAGCAGUAGUGGCAGCAGCAGCGGGACCGUCUUACAGAGGCGCGGGUCAGGGAAAGACAAGACCAGACUCCUCUCGUCGUCCAACGGGACGCAGUCUCAUCCCUGAAAAAGAAUGUUGUGGAAGAGAGGCGAGGGUACUUCCGCCUGGCCUUUUUCUCUUCCUUCCCUCUGUCCUUCCCACAUUCUGUUCCAUUUCCUUACUUCCUGCCUUGCUUCCUACCAUUACUCCAAAGCAAUGGAAUAUCUGAGGGGAAGUAUUCCAUUGAAGCUGAUCUUGGGAUAUGACAGAGAACUCCCCACAGAGGCUGGUUUCAGCAGAAAUGUAUACUGGAGGAGGAGGCAGGUUGAGCUGAUCUCUAGACAGCCUUCAAGGGCAGCUUCACCCCAGAGGGACGAAGUCAAAGACAGGUUGUCCAAAAUGUCCCACCUUACCAGAGAAAUACAGGAAAAGUUCACAGACAGGGAAACACACAGUCCACCUGCUCCGAUGAAUCAAGAAAGCACAUACCCUUCCCAACAACCAAUCACAUACAAGUUUCAAAUCUGACGGGAAAUCUCCCAUCAGUCAGCCAAAAUGGAAGACACUAGCCACCAACAGAGCCCCUUCAGUCAUUCUCUUUUAUCAUUUUCUGACCAGCCAGAUGUCACCUGGAUCGCCGACUCUCUUCAACACCACCUGAUGAAAUAUGAAGAGCCACAUGACAGAAGGCAUGCUCUCCUCUCCUCCCUUCACUUCAAAAAGAAGAAAAAAUGUGUAAUGACAAAAUGAGGUUGUCUUUUGAAAAAACAGUAAGAAUUACAGGAGGAGUCUAGAUUUGAUUGUUAAAGUGGAUAUCAUUUCUGAAUAAUUUGCAAACUUAAUGCUGUAUUUUACCAACCAAGCCGUCUUGAGAGCAGAGGGAAAAACACAACGAGAAUGGUGGAGAAUAGAUCUGACAUGGUCUACGUAAUAUAGCCCCAGGUGAACAUGAAAACAUGACAGACGAGACACAACUUUUCCUCAAGUGUAUGAGCAGCAUCAAGUCCCACAAUUAUUUCUGAACUACACUGAUGAAGCUAUGAUACCGUAAUUGCCUUUAACGGAGGAGAAAAAGUGGAAAGCAAAUUACAUUUAGCCACAUUUUGAGAGCACCAGUCACAACACAGGUAGAAUGUCUCACAAGUGUAAACUCCCACCAGAAGAGAGGGGGAUGGAUAGAGACAAAACAAAGGAUAGCUAGCAGCAGGUAUCUAUUUGGUAGCAAAGGAAGGGCAAAAGAAAAACUAGUAGCCAAAAACAUAAACUCACUUUAACAUGACAAUGAAAGUCAGUUGUGUUAAAUAUAAUGUAGUCUAUUUCAGUACAACAUAUACCAUAUGUUCCUUUAAAGUUAUUGUUUGCUGUGGUUUUUGCUCUUUUACAUAAUGGCUGUGAAUCAACCCCUUCCGAGCGUUGCCCCACUGCGAAAGAAAGUGGGCGAAAGCUGCAGUCGGUGCGAGUGUUUAGCUGAAGCCAAUCCAAGGCCUCAGCAGUCUGAGUGAGCCUAGCAUGACACACAGGAUGUAGACUUGGUGGUGUUAGUGGGCCAGUGGACGCCUAGUUCAGGUGCCAUUUCCCCCCUACUUCCGCUAUCGCUACCGCUAUGUUACGUGCUAAAAAUGGCCCUAACACUAACCCAGUUCCUAAUGGUACAAACUAAACAAGCUAGCAGCUCUCACCUUUUGACUUGCAGGAAUGUAGCCAUUUUAAUGACAGGAGUCACCUGUACAUACAUACACACAUACAUAUAUUUACGGCUGAUUUUUAUGGUCAGUUGACCAGAGAGGCACCAGAUAGAUAAUAAUGUGCCUGCUUUAGUCUGCCAUUUUGUCUAAAAUUCCUGAUUCCUUCGUACUUGUUUUUAAAGUAUCACACGUUUUCUUAUUUGCUUGUAAGUCCGUCUGUUUACAGCUGUAUUCAGACCAAAGCUGUGAAUGCGACAAUACGCUGCAGCAGCGUGAUGGUGUCACUCCAUGGCCCGUCUGUGUGACAUGGUGUGAACUUGAACCACCCCCCUCGGAUCAGAUUGCUGAAAGCAGAAGCUGCUAUUUUGUUAUGCUACUAGCAUUCUGGUCCCACUUGUGAUCGUUUGUCCACAUGGAAGGAUUCAAAAUAAAACUAAACAACCAGGGUGUGAAGCAUAUCCUUAUAUCUUGUUUUAAACCAAGGCAGCAGACCAAACCUAUAGAUCACAAGUGCUACACAGAAAAUUGCCUGUAGCAUUUAGCCAUGCUAAAUAGCAUGCCUGAUACUGACCCGUUCUACUCUACUUCUGAUCACUAGUCAUGCCAGAGUAGGUUAAGCGUGCCAGUCCUACAGUGAUCUUUGGCAUCCACAGAUAGAAAAAACAUAACAUUUUAAACUAGUGCAUCAUGCUAAACUGACGGAAUACACAUGAUACAUUACACUAUAUGUAUAUCACUGUGGAUUCAGUCCUUCACGCCGCUGAUCUGAUCGGUCUGAAAAUGCAUAACCUUCAUUAAAAUGAAUGGAAGACCCAAGUUUUUGCUGCCGGAUUUGGUCUGAAGACAGCCUCAUGAUUGUCUACAUAUGAUUGCAAGGACAAAGAUGGGGCCUACCGAAUGAGUCAGACUGCUAAGUCAUUAGCUUCAGCUAAACUUCGAGCAUGCAUUUUGGUGGUUUUGUAUUUUGUCAUCUCUCUUUCAUUAGAGCCACUUGACUUUAGGCAGGGAUCACUUCACGGUCAGUGUGGACAGGAGGAAUGAUAACAGUGACCAGUAACUCCUCUAAUGUAGGUCUACACGAGGGCAUGUCAGUUUUGUUUAAAGGAUAAAAGUCCAACUCUAUCCUCACUGAGAAGAGGAUUAAAUCCCACGAUUUGACAGUAGCUGGAGAUGAGUGAUGAUGGAAAUGUGAAACUAAAAUGAAGAGGCUGCACAGGACAACCAAGUGUUUAAGCUUUUUAGACCCACAAUUACGCAAUUGAAACCCUUCCUAUGUUCCUUUGACAACAGAUGCAUAAUGAUGCAGGGUGACUCAGAGCCCCAACAAAAGCCUCAGUUCUUUCUGCCUGUCUGAAGGAGAAAUGGAGGGAAAGAAAGGCGGGUGGACACGAACAAAUAAUGUACUUUACAAAAGAAUGAAAACUAAAGAGCAGGAAGAGAAAGGACUCAGGUGUGUCUGUUGUCAUAAAAAUGCACACGUACUGCCUGGAGGGGGGAAAGGAAAACUGAAGCCACACAUAAAGAAUGAGUCAUUCCUUUAUUGUUCUGUUCAUUUUUUCUGCUCUUUUUUUCUGCUCUUUUUUUUAAUGUUUACAUGUUUGACACCAACAAAUUAGAAGGCGGCGCUAACCAUGUGAAUGUCAAAAACUUUUCUGAAAUGAUCGCAAGAGUGGUGACAUGUUUUUGCUCCAUAAUGUUUAUUGAAAAUGUAUUUAUUUAUUAAUCUAUUUAUUCAUUUAUUUAUUCAUGUAUUUAUUUGCCAUGUAUUUGUUUGAAGUGUGAUUUUAUUUAAUGAAAAGCCAGAGAUGGGUGUAGACAGGGAGAUGUUACUUUCAAGAUGUCUGACACUGCAGCUCAAACCAGCUUUCCCUGACAGAAAAACAACUCCUCCCCUUUUUCUUGCACAGUAAGAAAAUUGAUGCUGCAAAAAUACCUCCCAUCAUUAUAUUGUGUUUGUAGCUGCUGGAAUCUCUCACAAUUGGUGUGUUUGACACUGAAAACACACACACACACACACACACACACACACACACACACACACACACACACACACACACACACUCACAGACACACAGGCCUUUUAAAUAAGAAGUCUUUACUAAUUAAUGAUUAAUGAUGUGUGCUACUAUCUCUCUGGUUUUGGUGAUCCCUUCACUUGAAAGUCUUGAACAAAUUCAGAAUUUGCCCAAGACUUUGGUUUACAAAGAAUACCGGCAUGAAUGACAUCUCCACUAGCCUCAGCUACACUUUUAUGGUUUGGAGCUAACUAGCACAUGUUAGCAUGCUUACAGGUUAAACUAAGAAGGUGAAGAUGGCAAACACACUUGUUAAAUGUCAGCAUGUUUAAAUUGGCUCCGAGUGCUGAAUAAUUCAUUAACCGUUAGAACACAAAGAUUUUUUUCCUUAUCAUAUUCAUUCCCUUUGAAAUCACUCGUGUGUUUAUUCGUGCAAACCAUCACUCUGAAACGUUCCAAAUUGACUUCCUCUUGGUCUCUUCUCACACUGAGCACUGAACAAGAAUGGAAAGAAACAACAUUUGUUUGCAUUUUUAUCUGCCAUUUUCUGUACUAUUAUUAGUCUCUUACAAGUUCCUUGAAAUGUGGUCAGCAAUCUAGAAUUUUUUUCACAAGAAUAGCAUCCAAGUGCAAACUGAACCUUUUCAUAAUAUCCUCUGUGACAAAUCACAAGGGGGGAUUUCGUCAUUGUCUCAGAAUAGUUAGAUGAAGCUUUAGGGAAACUGUUUGCCAGUUCUUCUUGACAGUGGACUCGUAAGCGGUGCUGCAAUCUAAAUGGAGAUACGCAAGAAAGAUUAUUAGUCUGUUUUCCCCUUCUCGUCAGUGACCAGGCCGUCUUUUCUCAUCACUGCUGCUCAAAGUGGGCCCCCAAAGUGGAAUGAGGGCUAGAGGGGCUUUCAGUUACACACUCACAAACACGAAAGAGAGCGUUACGUCAUAGUCCUUUAUUUUUUUUUUAAACACACGGUUAGAGUCAAGUUCACCUUGCAUUCAUUUCUAGGAAGAAAGAAGCAAGUUAAAGGGUAGAAAUCGGAAGAGCUAAGACAGGAAGGAAGGCUGCUCCAGAUUGUGCUGCACUCUGAGCAAACUCUGCAUCAAAAUCUAUUCAAACACACAACGGGACCCUCGGCACAUUAGCCGCUGAGAGGCUUCCCGCGCUCGCAAAACUACCCUAUUGAAAGUAAUCUCACCCCUCCCUCCGUCCCUCCCUCAUUCCUCCUUCAUCACCCCCCCCAUCCCAUUCACCCAUCCACUUUACAUUUUCUACUCCCCCCAUUCAUCCUCUUUGUAUCUCUUGAAACCUGCUCCACGCCCGUCCUUGCCCAAACUGCACAUAUGUCCCCCCUUAUAUAAUCACCCCCUUCCUCCCCUGCCCUUGUAUACAUUUUACACACUGUAUACUUCAAUGCAGAUGCUGUAUACAUUUGUAUACACUGUAUGCCUUUCUCUGUCUCCAUUGUAUGCAAUCCAUAUCUAUGUAGCAUUCACUAUCUUUUAUCGACACUGUAGUCACCGUACAACUCUUCCGCUCAUCAUUAUUGCUCAUUCUUCUUCCGCAGUAAGAACUGUACGACUAUAAUCUCUCGUCUCACUCCCAUAUUCACCUCCAUUCCCACCCUACUCUGCCACGCCACACCCAUGAUCGCCUCCCCUCCCCUCCCACAUCUUGUAGAACCUCCAGUCCCUGCAGUAGAAAAAGUUAUUAUUUUUUUUUCACUCUGGAGGAAUUUGUGAAGUCAGAGAAAAACUUGAGAGGAAGAGGUGUGUGGGGGAGGGUGGGUCGAGAAAACUUCUAAUUCAUGAUGAUGAUGAUAAUGAUGAUGACAACGAUGAAGAGAAAUGUCUGUAGUAUAAUAACAUAAAAAUGAAAAGUGCACUAUUAUGACAAUGAUUAUUAUUGCCUGUGAAAAAUACUGACCAAUAAACAACAAUGGAAAUA